UCUAUAUCUUGUACAGGCUCAUGACUGUUCUAGCAAAAAAAGUGUUUUCGAGAUCUAGAUUCACUGAGAAGGAGGCGGGUCGCAUGUUGGAGGAGUGACGAAGAAAGAGAAGAGAGCCAUGGGAAUUUACUUCAAAAUAGUGCUUUCUAGUUUGCUGUUGGUCAUAGUACAACAUAUGGCCAGGCUCAUAUACACCCUCGGAUUCCACAAACAUAUAUACAAUCAUGAACCUGGUCCGUGUAAAUACCUGGACGGAGUUGAUUUUGGAUCUGAAGACAUCGCCACACUUCCAGACGGAAAGGCCUUUAUCACUUCUGGCCUUUUGAUGCCAUCUGCUACAGCAACCUAUCGACAAAUGUAUGCUGACAAAGGAGUCAAAGGUCAGAUUUUUCUCUUUGACUUCAAGGCCCCCGGUUCAGGACUCACUCCAUUAACCAUACAAGGGGACUUCAACGCCUCAGAUUUCUCCCCUCACGGCAUUGACUACUGGCAAGACAAGGCAUCAGGAAAAGUGUAUAUCUUUGUGGUGAAUCAUCGAAGAAAGCUGGAUGCUGUGGAAAAAUUUGAAUUCAUUCCUUCAGCCAAAUCUCUGAAACAUGUCCAUUCCUACGUAGACCAGGCCAUCUACUUUAUUAAUGAUGUUGCUGUGACUGGCGAAAACUCAUUCUAUUUCACCAAUUUUUUAAAUUCUCGAAGUCACUUUUGGGGAUCAUUAGAAAUUUAUAUGAUGUUACCUCUUGGAAGUAUAUCCUACUUCGAUGGGAACUAUUACGAAACUGUCGAGGAAGGCUACUUCAUGCCUAAUGGUCUGGCACUCACACUAGAUAAAAAGUAUCUAUACAUGGCUACAUCAGUCAAUGGAGCAAUCAAGGUGUUCAAGAGACAGCUAAAGGCAGGACAGCUCACGUUUUUACAGGAAGUAAAGUUGUACACAUCUCCCGAUAAUCCGACUAUAAACCCCCUCACUGGACAUCUACUGGUCGGGGCCCAGCCAAUCCUCCAUACAACCUCUCAAACGAUGGAGGACCCAAGUAAACCCAGUGCAUCUCAGGUUUUACACUUCGAGGUGAAUGAUGGCAUUCUAUAUAAAACUACUGAACUCUACACCAAUGACGGAAGUGUUCUCUCCUCGUCUACAGUAGCCUCCCUUUAUGGAAAUCAAAUGUUGAUUGGAACCAUCUGUCACAAACUACUGCACUGCGAGGUGAGGACGCUGUGAAAGUCCUUAUGAAGAUUCCAGGACCAAGGUGCUCAGACCAGUGGUAACAAUGAGGAAAUGUUUAGGACUCGGUUUCAGAGAAAUAUCAAAUAUUUGUUCUAAAGUAAUUUUUUCAUCUUAAAAAAUCAAUAGUAUCCAAGUUUUGUACAUUUUUAGGGCUUUACUGAAAAAUAUUUUAGAAUAUAAACAAAAUAAUAAGACAUCUUGUUUCUAAUGAAAAAAAAUAUAAUUAUGAAAGAAUUAUUUUCACAUUUAUUUCUACAUAUACUGGUAAUAAUAUACUUUAAUAUAAAUCAUCAGUACAUACAUUCUUAUAUCGAUAAUUUGUGAUUUUAUUUUCAUUCACAAAAGCAUUAGAAACAUUCUACUGUUUAACAGUAUUGGAACCAGAAGCAGUGAAUGCAAAGGGAAAUGCUUCAAAAUAUUGUCUGGUUUGAAAAUGUUAUCAAAUAUUGUCAGGUAUUAGAGCAUUGUGCCAUUUCGACUUUAAUACACCUGUAUACCCUUAUUAUUCUGUGAUAAAUUUAUUAGAUCUUGCCCCAGAUCCAUAGAUAAAUAACAGGGAAUCAUUGUCCCUCCUCUGUACUCAUCUUUAAAUGUAAAUGACAUAGACAUUUUUUAAAUAACAAUUAUGAGUCAAUAUGCUUAAUGUUUACCUUCUUAUGUAUACUGACCAUACUGAGUUAUUCAGUGAAAGUAUAGAUGGUCUACACAAAAUAUUGGACUCUUUUAAGUAAUUAUACUGAUAAAUUGAAUUUAAAACCAAAUGAUACAAAAGACAAAAAGUUUUGUCUUCAAGGAGGGUGGUAUUUUCAAGCCAUGUGAAAGAUAUUUUUCUAAAGAUGUAUCUGUUGAAGUACUGCAGAUAUUUCCUUUGAUUAUUCAUAAUUUUGUUUCAUUAUGUCUUCUUUCUUCAAGCUUGUUGUACAACUCUUGUCUGUAAGGAAUAAUAGGACUCAGGCAUGGCCUGGAGAGAGCGCAGCUCGUACAUUUGUUUCGAUAGUAUACUCUAUUUUUUUAAUCA